GAUCAGUUUAGCUCGGAGCUUCUGGAAAGCAGGUUCAAAAACUGCAACUGUGUACCGGUAUCUCCAUAAUUGCUUACAUUUAAUGUCCAUUAAUGUGACAUAUGAUAAUCUGCAGCAGUAGAAUUCAGGAAACUAUUGUCAUUUGAGGGUCACAGGAAGUCUUGUAUUUCCAUCAAAAUGGGUGAGAAAGGAGAAGAACAUGAUUUUGCGGUGGUCAAUCCAGCUCUUGUCGAAGAUGAAAAGGACUCUCAUGCCACCAGUACCAAGGAGCUUGAAAGCAACAUGCCAUCGUCAAAGGCAAGCUUCUCUCCCCUCAAAGGAUCGGCGACGCCCAAGGCAGGUUACCCCGGUGCCAGCAGGGAGAAGUGGGGCAACAAGGCUCAAUUUAUCCUUGCGUGUGUGGGAUAUGCUGUUGGUCUCGGAAACGUCUGGAGGUUCCCUUAUCUCUGUUAUAAGAGUGGUGGAGGUGCCUUCUUGAUACCAUACUUCCUGACAUUGUUCUUGACCGGGAUACCUCUUCUACUGCUUGAGUUUGGUCUUGGACAGUACAUACGCCAUGGUCCAGUUGUAGCCUUUAAGAAGAUCACCCCUUUGUUCAAAGGUACUGGUGUAGCAACUGUAAUGAUCACUUUCCUCUUGACAACGUACUACAACGUGAUCAUGACGUGGGCCCUCUUCUACCUGUUUGCAUCGUUCCAGAGUGUCCUCCCGUGGUCUGGAUGCAACAAUACCUGGAACACGGACAAUUGCUGGUCCCAAGAGGACUACCUUAGUCUGGGACCUAAUGAGACCAAACCCAACGGAACCAAUUCAUCUACUCAGGAGUACUUUGACCACCGGGUAUUACAGAUCAGCGGUGGGAUUGAUGAACCAAAUGGUAUGCGUUGGGAGCUGUUCGGUCUCUUGCUCUUGGCUUGGAUCCUUGUGUACUUUUGUCUCUUCAAGGGUGUUGCUACAUCAGGCAAGGUUGUGUACUUCACAGCUACCUUCCCCUAUUUGGUUUUGAUUGUUCUGUUAAUAAACGGUGCCCUGUUAGAUGGGGCUGGCGAUGGUAUGAGUUACCUCUUUAAACCUCGCUGGGAACUCCUCAAACAAGCUUCGGUAUGGGAAGCUGCAGCUGCUCAGAAUUUCAACUCCAUUGGGAUUGCCUUUGGUUCUAUGAUAGCACUGUCUAGUUACAACGAAUUCAAGAAUCGGUCUAUAGUGAGAGAUACUCUUACUAUAUGUGGGAUCAACAGUUUUACCAGUAUAUUUGCUUCUUGUGUGAUCUUCUGUGCUUUGGGUUAUAUUUCCAAGAUUCAAGGAGCUAACAUUGAUGAUGUGGUGGUAUCAGGUCCCGGUCUAGUAUUUGUCACCUACCCAGUUGUAUUCAACACCAUGCCUGCACCUCAGUUGUGGGCUGUACUCUUUUUCCUCAUGUUAGUCUGUCUUGGAAUAGAUAGCCAGUUUGCCAUGGUCGAAGUGGUUGUUGCUACCUUCAGUGAAGGUUUUCCUAAACUGCGUCAGUUCUACUUCAAUCGAAAAGAGAUCCUGGUCCUCUAUAUAUGUGUUAUCUCCUUUCUCCUUGGUCUUCCUAACAUCACCAGGGGAGGAAUGUACUUCUUCCAGAUCAUGGAUUGGUAUACUGCUGUUAUCUCUCUCUUCUUUGUUGCCAUAGCUGAGGCUAUAGCUGUAUGCUGGGUUUAUGGUGGGAAUCGGCUGGCAAAGAAUAUUGAGGCCAUGACAGGAUCUUAUCCAAACAUAUACUUCAGAGCCUGUUGGUUGGUCAUCUCGCCAGUUCUUAUUCUUGCCAUUCUCAUCUUCACAAUUGUGGACUAUGAACCUGUGACGUAUGGUAAAUACAUCUACCCCGCCUGGUGCCAAGGCCUCGGCUGGUGUGUGGCUCUCUUGUCCAUCAUGUGUAUGCCCGUUGGAGCCAUACAUACAUUGGCUACUUCCAAGGGAUCUAUGAAAGACCGCCUGCUGAAUGGCCUCAAGGCGGACUUUGAUGAUGAAACUCACAUCAAAGAAUGCGAAGGAUUCGACUAUGACAUUGAGAUGACCUCCAAACCGCCAUCGUAUGACAUGGUUGUUGGUAAUGGUAACGUUGCCUAGAUAUAGGGAAAGUGCUUUUACAUUGUCUGGCCUGUAUUCCAGUCUAUAUUCACUUAAACCAUAUUCUAAGUCUGUAGUAAUAUUAUGGGUAGCCAAAGGUGUUCACACUGUUAAUUUCAUAUGGAUACUUAGCUCUUUUUUCAUAGGUUAUUGGUAAAAAAUGUAUUGUAUUUAUCAUUUUCACACAUUUCUUUAAAGAUAAAUACCAGUUGUGCUUUGAGUUUGAACAGGAUCCAAUGAAAUUUCAACCAAAGUGUUUGCAUGUAUUAAUGAAAAAGAUGUGCCAAAUAGCUCUUGAAGAAAAUGGGUAAUUGCUGAGAAAUGAGCAAAAUAAGCACAGAAUUCCAUCAAAUGUCAGGUAUUUUAUUAAGCAAUAUUAAUACAUUGUCCCACAUAUGCUUUUUGCGUGUUAGUGAACAUCAGAAUUAUCUAUUUUUAGGCUAAAAUUUCAUGAUUAUACAAAGAUAAGUUUACAUUAAUGUACCAGAUCUAGAUGUAGGAUAAUAUUUUGACAAUCAACUUUGAUUUAAAAGACUUUCUCUUGAAAUAAUUUUUGCUGCAACUUAUGUACUCAUAGAACCAAGUGUAAAAUUGACCAUCUACUCUUAUGGGCUUGUGGUCUAUUUUGGCAAAUCAUAGUUUCAAAUCACAGAUUUAGGCUAUAGUUUAACUUAAAUCUGAAUGAAUUCAGUUUGAGGAGGCGCGGUAGCUCAGUCGGUAGAGCAGGGGAUUCGUAUUCCGGUGACCCGGGUUACAUUCCCACUUGGUGCGCUAGUGCCCUUUG